GUUAGUCAGUUAGUUGUAAGAUUUUUGCAUAAGAAACUGGACCAAAAUACUUGGUGAUACUGUGUUUUUACAGUGUUCAGCUGCUUUAGGCUUUGUCAUCUUUGACAAACACUCCCGUUGCUCCACAUGACAAACUGUCAUCAUUCUCUGCAGCCUGAUUUCUGGUUACUGAUGUUCCAGGAACAGCUUGUGCAGCAUUCUGGCUCAUCUGUACUCAGAAAAAUGGUUGAAACCCCAACCUUUAUUGUCCUUGCACACAAAACCCGCCUGCAGGUGAGGAAUCAUUUGGCAGGCCUUCUAGUAUUUCCCUCAUAGCUUGGCGUUCACACCUCCCAUUCUUCUGCUGCCUGAGGUUAACACAAACACCCAGGCGCCACUCUGUAUUCUGCCAGAGACGCACAGCGAUGGCCUCCAUGGGGUUGCAGAUUGCCGGUUGCGCCUUGGCGCUCUUCGGUUGGAUCGGGGUUCUCAUCGUCUGCGCGCUGCCCAUGUGGCGGGUCACGGCGUUCAUCGGCAACAACAUUGUGACCUCGCAGAUCAUGUGGGAGGGCAUCUGGAUGAGCUGCGUGGUGCAGAGCACCGGCCAGAUGCAGUGCAAGGUGUACGACUCCAUGCUGGCGCUGAGCAACGACCUUCAGGGCGCCAGAGCUUUGGUGGUGGUUUCCAUCGUCGUCGGCAUCGUGGGACUCCUGAUUGCUUUCGUCGGGGGAAAGUGCACAAACUUCAUUCCGGAGGAGAAGGCCAAGGCGAAGGCCUCGGUGGCUGCAGGAGCCAUCCUGAUCGUCAGCGGAGUCCUCUGCCUCGUUCCCGUUUCCUGGACGGCCACCAUCAUCGUCCAGGACUUCUACAACCCUCUGGUGAUAGACGCGCAGAAACGAGAGAUCGGGGCGUCUCUGUACAUCGGCUGGGGCGCCGCGCUGCUGCUGAUCCUGGGAGGGGGGCUUCUGUGCGCCAGCUGCCCCCCAAAGGAGGAAAACGCCCCCUCUGUGAAGUAUCUGCUGAACAGACCAGGAGGAAGCAGCAAAGGAGAGUCGUACCGAUCAUCCUCACCGACGAAGACGUAUAUUUGAGACAAACUGGAAUUCGGACUCAAAAACACAAAAUCUUACUGAGUAUUUUUGGUCUAGUUUCUACUGGAAACAUCUCGGCACACUUGAAA